CGUUCUCCAGUGGCCGGAAGUGCCUGCCGCGCCUGCGCGUACUUGUUUCGGCGCUGUGGUCUUGGCGGUGUGGACGCUGGCUGGCCCCGUGGCCCGUCUCCAUCCGUGAGAGAUUCUGAGGAGACUGUUUCUUCUGGGUGAAGGCAGCAGCAUUUUCACUUUCUCUAGAAUAACUUUUUUGUGCCUUGGGAGUGUCUUUUAAGGCAAGAUCUUAAGAGAUUCUCCUUGAAUCAUUCCCAGAUAGAGAAGUGUAUCGCUAAAAUCCCAGCAUGGCUGCAGCCCUGGAACUUGAAGAGCAAAAAGACUUCUUUAUAGUUAAAGUAGAGAACCAUUCCUGGGAACAGGAUUCCAUCUCACAAAAAUACAGUUCUUGUAAGAGAGAACUCAGCAGACAGAACUUCAGGAAGUUGUCCUAUGAGGAUGCACCUGGACCUCGCGAAGCUUUCACCCAGCUCUGGGAGCAUUGCUGUGGGUGGCUCAAGCCACAGUGCCAUACCAAGGAGCAGAUCUUAGACCUGCUGGUGCUGGAACAGUUCCUGAGCAUUCUUCCUCGGGAACUCCAGGCCUGGGUGCGGGCACACCAUCCAGAGACUGGAGAGGAGGCUGUGACUGUGCUGGAGAACCUGGAAAAGGAGCUUGAUGAAUCCCAAAAGCAGGUCCCGGACAGUUCAGAUACGGAUGAUGAAGACAUACUCCUGGAUGAAUUGACCCCCAUGGAAAAGCCGCAUGAGUCACUAACUGCUCAGCUUGAGCCUAAGCAGGCUCCACCAGAGCAAGAUUCUGGGAAUGGUGGUAAGUCCAGGACCGAGAAUGAAGUGUCUUCCCAGAAGGAAGAUGUGCCCAUAGAUGCAGAAGUCCUUGGGGAUAUAAACAACAGACUGACCAGAAAUGUUCCUCGGCAUCCUGAGUCCAAAGAUGCUGUUGAAAAUGAGGGAAGAAUGGAAUGGCGACAGAGGGAAAGAAGGCAGUAUAAGUGUGAUGAGUGUGGAAAGAGUUAUAGUUGUAGCUCAGACCUUACUAAGCACAGGAGAAUUCACACAGGGGAGAAGCCUUACAAAUGUGAUGAGUGUGGGAAAGCCUUCAUUCAGCCCGCACAUCUUGUUCAACAUCAUCGGGUCCACACUGGAGUGAAGCCCUAUAAGUGUAAAGAAUGUGGAAGAGAUUUCAGUGGGCGCACAGGUCUUACUCAGCAUCAAAGAAUCCACACAGGUGAAAAGCCUUAUCAUUGUGGUGAGUGUGGAAAGUCCUUCCGUGUUAGUUCAACUCUUAUUAGACAUCAGAGAAUUCAUAUAACAAACAAGCUCUACUAAAAAGAUAGAAGUAGGGGUUGGGAUGAUGGCUCACCGGGUAAGCACGCUUGCCCCAUAAGCAUGAGGGCCCAAUUCACCCUGAGUUUGAUUUUCCAAGCGGCCACACAAAUAUCUUGCCGUGGCCACACAUGCCUGUAACUCCAGUCCACUAGGAAGCAGAGACUAGAGAAUCGCUGGGGCUCACUGGUUAGCCGUCUGACAACAGCAGCUCUGGGCUCAGGGAGAGACUGUCUUAAGGAAACACUGAUGAGUGAAAAGAGGUGUAUGCUAUUAGGGAAGAAUCAGGAGUUUCAGAGGCUUUGUAUGGUGGCUUAUGUCUAUAAUCCCAACACUUGGGAAGGAAGGCAGGGGCGUAGGUAGGCCUGACUUUGAGACCAGCCUGGUCUGCAAGCGUGAAACUCCUGUCUGCCGGCGUCACCGCAGACUGUUGCCUCCUGAUCCAGCUUGACUACCUCUGCUCCAGUGUUCAGGGAAUGGCCUUAGCAGAGACAGCCUCUGCCCUCAUGUUCCUAGAUAAGAGACUCCAGCUAUUUUUGUCUAAGUUAAAAUACAUUAAAAUUGUCUUGAAAUAAA